AUGAAGCCUAGCAACCAAAUCGCGCGGAAGGCAGCUUCCGCCAGCGGGCUGCUCCUGAGCCUCCUAAUCGUCGUCUUCACCACAUCGAAGUACUCGCUGCUGAGCGCUGAGCGGUUCAUAUCCGCUGCCACGGCGAGAUCAUCCCGCCCGGCCAGCGACGACGCGGCGUGCCACGUGGGUCGGGGCGAGUGGGUGGCCGACUCGGCCGGGCCCUACUACACGAACGCGACGUGCGCGCUGAUCGACGGGCGGCAGGACUGCAUGAAGUACGGCAAGCCGGGGAUGGAGUCCAUCCUCGGGUGGCGGUGGCAGCCCCACGGCUGCGACCUCCCCCGCUUCGACGCUGCCGCCUUCCUCCGCCUCGUCCGGGGAAAGUCCAUGGCCUUCGUCGGGGACUCCGUCGCCCGUAACCACAUGCAGUCCCUCAUGUGCCUCCUCGCCAAGGUGGAGUACCCGAUGGAGAUCGAGCCGAGAGGCUGCGUCCACUGCACGCGCAAGUACCACUACCGGGAGCACGACUUCACGGUGUGCGUGUUCUGGACGCCGUUCCUGGUGCGGUGGAACCUGACGCACGGCGGGCAGUCGUUCAUUGACCCGCACAACGUGUACCUCGACGAGGCGGACCCUGAGUGGAGCGGCGAUGUCGCUGGCUACGACUACGCCGUUCUCAGCGGCGCCAAGUGGUUCACGCGCCCCACCGUGCUCUACGAGGGCGGCCGCAUCCUCGGCUGCGCCAACAUGGACGGCUGCGAGGCGGCGCACAACGCCACCGACGUGGCCCCGGACUACGCGGUGCGCGCGUCGUUCCGGACCGCACUCCGUGCGCUGGCCGGGUUCCGCGGCAGGGUGGUGGUCCGGACGGUGGCGCCGCCGCACUACGAGAACGGCAAGUGGUACAACGGCGGGAACUGCCUGAGGACGCGGCCAGUGCGGAGCAACGAGACGAGCCUGCCGGAGACCGAGGCCGCGUUCCACGCCGCGCAGGUGGAGGAAUUCCGGACCGCGGCGUCAGCAGCGUCGGCGGCGAGGUUUGUGCUGAUGGACGUGAGCGAGAUGAUGCAGAUGAGGGCCGACGGACACCCCGGCCAGUACAGGCACUGGCCGCACGAGAAGGUCGGCUUCAGCAUCGACUGCAUGCACUGGUGCUUGCCUGGGCCCGUAGACGCAUGGAACGAGCUUCUGCUCCAUUUGCUUCUGAGUGGUUAA